GUAUUUUAUUUGUGCUCUCUCGAGGCUAGGGUUUUCAAGGAAUGGGGCGGUGUGGCGAGGGAUUCCAUGACUACUACACAUCUCGGAUCCACGAUGCCUCGCAGCAGCUGCGCAUCAAGGGCAACAAUCUCGCGCGCCUGGAAGCGCAGCGAAACGAUCUCAACUCCAAAGUUAGAAUGCUUCGAGAGGAGCUACAGCUAUUGCAAGAGCCGGGAUCUUAUGUUGGUGAGGUCGUCAAAGUGAUGGGAAAGAGCAAAGUUCUUGUGAAGGUGCACCCAGAAGGAAAGUAUGUCGUAGAUGUUGACAAGAGCAUCGACAUGAGCAAGAUCACUCCCACCACUCGAGUUGCUCUUCGAAACGAUAGCUAUGUGCUGCACUUGAUCCUUCCCAGCAAAGUGGAUCCUCUCGUGAAUUUGAUGAAGGUUGAGAAGGUCCCGGACUCCACGUACGAUAUGAUCGGUGGGCUUGACCAGCAAAUCAAAGAGAUCAAAGAGGUUAUUGAGCUUCCGAUCAAGCAUCCUGAGCUUUUUGAGAGCCUGGGUAUUGCACAGCCGAAGGGAGUGCUACUGUAUGGUCCUCCUGGAACUGGAAAAACUUUGCUGGCUCGGGCCGUGGCUCACCAUACGGACUGUACAUUCAUAAGAGUUUCGGGGUCCGAGCUAGUCCAGAAAUACAUCGGAGAAGGGUCGAGAAUGGUGCGAGAGCUUUUCGUCAUGGCAAGAGAGCAUGCUCCAUCCAUUAUCUUUAUGGACGAGAUUGACAGCAUUGGCUCGUCCCGUAUGGAGUCUGGCAAUGGCAACGGGGACAGUGAAGUGCAGAGAACAAUGCUGGAGCUGCUCAAUCAACUGGAUGGUUUCGAGGCCUCCAACAAGAUCAAAGUUCUCAUGGCUACAAACAGGAUCGACAUCCUUGAUCCCGCUCUCCUCCGGCCCGGACGAAUAGACCGCAAGAUCGAGUUUCCAAACCCAACUGAAGAGUCCCGUCUGGAUAUCCUCAAGAUCCAUUCGCGCAAGAUGAAUCUAAUGCGGGGGAUCGACCUGAAGAAGAUCGCCGAGAAGAUGAACGGUGCCUCGGGAGCGGAGCUAAAGGCGGUGUGCACGGAGGCUGGAAUGUUUGCUCUGCGAGAGAGGCGCGUUCAUGUCACCCAGGAAGAUUUCGACAUGGCGGUGGCCAAAGUGAUGAAGAAGGAGACCGAGAAGAACAUGUCUUUGAGAAAGCUAUGGAAGUGAGUUAAAUCAAAAUCUCUUACUAAAAUGGAGCUCUUUAUACGUUUGGACGGAAUGAUUAGUUUAAUAGACCAAAAAACUGAGCUCAACUCUUGAGCUCAAAAGUCAA